UCGUCUUCUUUUCAGGCUAGCUUUCCCUCUCCGAAGAGAACAGUUUAUCCUUUACAUCUUUUAUACGCUGUUUCGAUGAGUGAUUAUGGUGAUGGAAACUUCAUGGACAUGGUGUCGUCGAAUUGGGCUCCACCUCCUAGUACUAGCCUAAGUGACAAUGGUCUAAAUCCAAUCAGCGACAUCUUCCUUCAAACUAAUCAGUCUAAACAAAGACCCGGUCUGGUCGACAGAGUAGCUGCAAGAAUAGGACGUAAUAUUCCACCGAUCAGGACAGACAACUUGAGUCCAUUUGCUGUAUCCAAGAACCCAAAAACUGUUCCUUUUGGCAUCGAAAUCUCUCCCGGAUUGAGCUCAUCCGUAAUGUUGCAGUCUACUUCACAUCUUAUCAAUCCGUAUUCAUUCCCCAAUGACGAGCCUCCAGAGACGGUGGAAAAUUCUGGUGACGACCACGCAAAGACGAUGAUAUUCAACAACGAUGUUCCUUAUCAGCCGAUGCACUUUGAUCUGCCUCCUCAAGAAGACUCAAAUGUUAUUCCAGCUUUGAUCCCAUCUCAUGAAUCUCAUGUUGAUCCCAUUGGUGUUCCUUUAGUCGCUUCUUUUGAAUCUGAAGUAGCUGAUGACACGGAUACCAUCAAGCUCAUGUCCCUGGAUGAUGAGAGCGAGAGCCAGGACGAGGAAGAAUCCAACGAAGAUGAAGAUACAGAUGAUCCAUCCAAAUUGGGGAGAAAGAGACGGAUAGAUGAAGAGGAAGAUGAUGACAUUGCUGAUGAACACGAAGUCAAACCUUCAUCUCCAAAGAGAAGGAAAUAUGAUGAGGUAUCAAACAUGAUGACAGCCCUAAGAACAAGCAACGUCAUGCUUCGUAUGGAGACUGAAGAAGACCAACCUAACGAUGAUUAUCGUUGGAGAAAAUACGGUCAGAAAAUUGUCAAAGGGAAUCCAAAUCCGAGGAGUUACUACAAAUGCUCACACAAAGGGUGCAAUGUGAAGAAGCAUGUGGAGAGAGCAGCAGACGAUUUGAGAAUGUUGUUAGUCACAUAUUAUGGGAAACACGGGCACGCUGCACCACUUACACGCAGUAGCAGCAGUUCUGGUCCAAAGAAUCUUUCCCGUUCAUCAGUGCCCGCUCGUUUAGGAAGGCCGCCUUUUUCUUCCUCCUCGGCUGCUCAAGACAUGAGGCCUUUCCCUUAUCCUUCUGCUUCGGCCCCUCGAGACAUGAGGCGUUUCGGUUAUCCUUCUGCUUUGGCCCCUCAAGCCAUGAGGCCCUUCCCUUCUUCGUUGAACCCAGGAGUUGAUAUGACUCAUCUCUAUAAGACUGGACUCCCGAAGCUGCCGAGAUUACCGGUUAACCAGAAUCAUGGGUUUAUGGGCCAGAAUGCUGAACCAUGGGUUAACCAGAAUCAUGAGUUUAUGGGUCAGAAUGCUGAACCAUGGGUUAAACAGAAUCAUGGGUUUAUGGGCCAGAAUGAUGAACCAUGGGUUAACCAGAAUCAUGGGUUUAUGGGCCAGAAUGAUGAAGCAUGGGUUAACCAGAACCAUGGGUUUAUGGGCCAGAAUGAUGAAGCAUGGGUUAACCAGAACCAUGGGUUUAUGGGCCAGAAUGAUGAACCAUGGCUUAACCAGAACCAUGGGUUUAUGGGUCAGAAUGAUGAACCAUGGGUUAACCAGAACCAUGUGUUUAUGGGUCAGAAUGAUGAACCGAAGACUGAUCAUGUGAUACCGGAUGGUACAGAGGUCUACAAGGGGCUCAUGGAGCGUAUGUUGGCUAACUUGGGUCUUAAACGUUAG